UUAACAAAGAAAUAAAACUAUGAAUUAUGCAUUCAUUCCCACUGAGAAAUUAAAUUUUUCCAAGUGCAAACACUGUUUCAUUCGCUUCAAUUGAAAAACGCUUUACGGCCUUAAGUUACACAAUUUUGUGUAUAGUUCAGAGAAAUUUAUAAUUUAAGUACAAACUUGUAACAAAUCUUUCAUCAUGACUGAAAUUCAGCAAUUUUACACUGACCAAAGUAUAUUUAUCACAGGUGGUACGGGAUUUGUGGGGAAAAUUCUUAUUGAAAAACUGCUUCGUUCGUGUCCAAGGAUAAAAACUGUUUAUAUUUUAGUGAGAGAAAAAAAAGGAAAGCAAUUUCGAGAUCGUCUCAAAGAAAUUACUAAUUCACAGAUAUUUGAACCUCUAAGAGCAACAGAUCCAAAUUUUGAGAAAAAAAUUGUAGCUAUGUCUGGUGAUAUAGAAAAACCUAAUUUUAAUCUUUCUGAAACAGAUUUGGAGUUACUAAAGAAAGAGGUUUCAAUUGUAUUUCAUGUUGCAGCAACAACAAGAUUUAAUGAACCAUUGAAAACUGCACUUAAAAUAAAUGUUGAUAGUGUUAAAACUAUGAUUAACAUUUGUGAAGAAUGCAAAAAUUUAAAGGCUUUCGUUUAUGUAUCAACAGCAUUUAGUAAUUGCAUUUAUAAGCAUAUUGAAGAAAAAGUUUAUCCAGCUCCACUGUCACAUGAAAAAUUAACAAAACUUGUCGGUGCCAUGGACGAAUUAAAUAUGUCCAGAAAAGAAGAACUCAAAUUCACCAAAUUAGUUCUCGGCAAGUUCCCAAACACAUAUUGCUUCACAAAAUCAAUUGCCGAAGAAGUUGUCAGUAAGAGUGCAAAAGAACUUCCAGUUUCCAUUUACAGAUUUUCAAUUGCUAUAGCUGCACUAAACGAACCUUUAGAGGGAUGGCUGGAUGAAAACCAAGGAGUAACACAGGCUUUAAUAGGAAUUUGUUUAGGUCUUAUUCGAGUGAUCUAUGCAAAAGGAAGUGUUAAUAUGGAAGUAGUACCAAUUGAUUUGGUUUGUAAUUGUCUAAUUGCUUCUGCGUGGGAUACAUCAUCUAGUAAAAAAAACGAACAAAAGAGUGUGCAAGUAUAUAACUACGUUUCGGGAAGAGACAACCCAGCGACUUGGUAUUAUUUUCGGAGUUAUCUUCGUUCUCAACGUUAUACAAAUCCAUUCAACAAUCCAUACUACUAUCCAGAUUCAAUUAUGACUGAUUCCCUCUACUUAUUCCUUAUUCUCCACUACAUAUUGCACUUCAUUCCUGCCAUUUUAGGAGAUGUAGUUUUAAGAAUACUAGGAAGAAAACCUGUGUUACACAAAGUUUUUAAAAAAGGAUCAAAAUUGGUAUUGGCCAUAGGAUUUUAUUCAUGCGGAGAAUGGAUAUUUGAUACUGACAAUAUUAAAUCGUUGUGGAAAAAACUCUCUGACAAUGAUAAGAAACUAUUUAAUUUUGACAUCACAUCAUUUACUUGGGAUGAAAUGCUACGAAUUUAUGGUAAAGGAUGUAGUAAGUUUAUUUUCAAAACCGAAUUUGAUGAAGAAGGAUUGAAAAACGCUAUAUGUAGAAUCAGGAGACUUUACUAUGUUCAUCAAAUUGUUCUGGGCACAUUCUAUGCCAUUGUUAUGUGGCUUGUUUGGAAAAUUUAUAAUCUACUAUAGGGAACGGCUAGACUGCAAUACGCCAUCUGGUGGCGACCUCUUCUCCCCUCUAAUUUUCUUUCUUUCUCUUUCUUCAAUUAACACGUUAGAAAGAGUGGAAGAAACAAAAUGGAAGGAGAGAAUAAUAUUUUCGAAAAUGAUAUAAAAAAUAGUUUAAAAUAAUAAAACAGUAUAAUCUUUAAAUAAUAAUAAUUCUAUUACGCGGUUGUUAAAUAGAAAU